AUGCCAAAGGAAGAUUUGGAAAAAAGUUUUCAGGAUGAGGAAUGUACGGAAGAAACACUUAUAUUCGAUUCUGAAAAAAGAUUUGUUAGCUGCGUAAAGGAACACCAAGAAAUGGUUGAUGAUGUUGAUAAAAAUACAGCAAAAUUCUUGUGUGAAAAUAAAACAAUUGAUACUGAAGAUAUUCAAGAGGUUCAGUGUAAGAAUUCAGACAAGUCAACCAGUUCACUCACAUUUGAUUAUAGGAGAAAACUAAUUGAAAUAGAAGAGUGGAGAUUUUUGUGCUACGAUUUUGAGAAAUUUGAUUUAGAAAAAGAUCAUUUAAAGAUAUUGAGUAAAUUGAGAAAAGGAAUCCCACCUCAAUUUAGAGGAUUUUUUUGGAUGAAAUUAGCAGAAGUAGAAAGUAUUAAGAAUGAAAAUAGUGAGAAUCUAUAUUAUCAAUUAACCGAAAUAAAAAAUGCUCCAUGCUGUGGCGAUAUAUAUAGAGAUAUAAGUAGAACAUUUCCAAGACAUUGUUUAUUUCGUGACAGAAAUAAUCAUGGACAAAACUCUUUGUUUUCAGUUUUAAGAGCUUAUAGUUUAUACAAUCCUGAUGUUGGAUAUUGCCAAGGAAUGGGAUUUAUUGUUGGUGUUUUACUUAUGUAUAUGUCGGAAGAAGAUUCAUUUUAUAUGUUGAUUUCGAUUUUAGAUAAAUAUAAGUUUUCUGGCUUGUAUCUUCCAGGAUUACCUUUAUUGAACACACAUUUAGAGAAAUUAAAAAAGAUAUUUAAAAAAAGAAUUCCGAAUUUAUAUAAUCACUUCAGAAACGAAAAUGUGGAUGAAACUAUGUAUGCUUCACAAUGGUUUAUGACUAUUUUUGCUUACAGUUUUAAUUUAGAUGCAGUUGCAAGAAUUUGGGAUUUGUUCUUCCUUGAAGGCAUAAAUUUAAUUUUCAAAAUUUCGAUAGCAAUUUUAAAAAUCUUAAAGAAUUCACUUUUCAAUCAGUCAUUUGAAAAUAUUUUACAUACUUUAAAAACAGCUCCUUAUACGAUUAAUAUUAAUGAACUUAUUCAAUGUGCCUUGAGCAUCAAGUUAAAUUAUAAAGAAUAG